GGAAGCUUCUAGCUGUGUUGUCAUAUGCUCCCGUCAUUGAUCCAUAACGAUUGGACAAGCUCCGGUCACCCGACAUACGCGUACGAUAUUUACAUACUUGAGGUUUCAUAAAGUUUCUUACGAACCGUGAAAGGAACUCGAUUAAUCUUGGAGUAUACAGCAGAUGUCACAGGAAUUCGUCAUUGGGAUUUUGAAGAAGUGGAGGGAACAAAACAUAUGAGACAACCAAUGGAGGGACAACUACACAAAUACACCAAUGCCUUCAAAGGCUGGCAGUUCAGAUGGUUCGUCCUUGAUCCAGAGUCGGGCAUGCUCGAAUAUUUUGAGAAAGAAGAACAGAAGAAACAGAGGCCCAGAGGUUAUGUACAGUUGGCGGCAUCAGUUAUAUCCCCCUCAGACGAGGACUCGCAGACGUUCACAGUAAACGCAGCCAAUGGAGAGCUGUACAGAUUGAGAGCGUCUGAUGCUAAGGAGAGACAACACUGGGUAGACAAGCUACGGUCCACAGCCGAGUACCACACAGCCAACAUGGUCAACAGUUCUCCCUCACAAAAACCUGAUGUGCGGUCUUUGUCCAUAAACCUGUCCCCUAACGAGGCAUCAAACAUUCCUGUUAGGCCAAGGAAGUCUCCGUCUGUCCGUGGUGAUCAUGAAGGAGGGCCACCAACCAAAGCUGUUGCUGGCAGGUCUCACAGCAAGGCCCCGGCAGCCCAUCCCCACACCCUCGACCCCUUCCGCGAGGUCAAGGAGUACAUCAUAGAGGCCGAGGACUACUCUGAGUCCCUCAAUGAUAAACUCAAUCACCUUCCUUCCUCAGGAGAAACAGUUACAGGCCUGGAUCCAGAUAUUUUGUUGAUCAAGGCGACCUCCAAUGCCACUCUCACCUGUCUGUCACAGUGCCUGAAGAUGUUACAACAGCGACAGGGAGCAUCCGUCAAACCUGUCCCUAAUUCUACCGCUAUCAACUGGGGCGACCCUAACACACAACCAAUUAAUGAUCAUGUGGCCGCACCCAAAGCCACAAGUUCUGGGGGAGUGCCCUCCCCUACAGGAAGUUUCUCUUCAGCCACAUCACUGCCAUUUACCCUGCCUGACCAAGUCCAGGAUGGUCCGAUUAACCACGAUGAGGAAGUAGAGGACAGCGCCAGCUACAGAGACACAGAUCUGGGUAACGAGGUGGAGGAACACAAAAGUGUCAUCCUUCACCUCCUUUCUCAGCUCAAACUCGGCAUGGACCUUACCAAGGUUGUCCUCCCAACCUUUAUCCUGGAACGACGUUCUCUACUAGAAAUGUUUGCUGACUGUAUGGCACAUCCUGACUUCUUUCUCAAAAUUGCUGACCUUCCAGAUCCGGAGUCCCGGAUGCUGGCUGUCCUUGAAUGGUACCUUACGUCUUUCCAUGCGGCCAGACAGGGUUCUGUUGCCAAAAAGCCUUACAAUCCCAUAAUUGGAGAAACCUUCCAUUGCUCCUGGCGUUUACAAGAAAACAACAACAAAUCUAGCCAAUCAAAAGACACUUCUGGGUCACCUGACCAGAUUAAUCAGACAAACGACAAGAAUGACGGGUCCUGUAGUAAACCAGCCCAAUUGACAUUUUGUGCGGAACAAGUCUCUCAUCAUCCCCCAGUGUCAGCCUUUUAUUUUGAGUGUCCAGAGAAACAAAUGUGCAUGAAUGCCUCCAUAUACACCAAGUCACGCUUCAUGGGAAUGUCUAUAGGAGUACAGAUGGUGGGAAAAAUUUGUUUGAAGUUACUCCAGCAUGAUGAGGAGUAUGUGUUCAUGAUGCCUAGUGCCUAUGCAAGGUCUAUACUCACUGUUCCCUGGGCAGAAAUGGGGGACAAGAUUACAAUCAACUGCCAAAAAACCAACUUUGUUGCCAACGUCACAUUCCACACUAAGCCGUUCUAUGGAGGAAAGCUACACCGGGUGUCUGCUGAGGUGAAGAACAACAACCUUGGCACUGUCGCUUGUAAAGUCCAGGGGGAAUGGAACAAUAAUCUAGAGUUCAGCUAUGAAAAUGGUGAGACUAAAAUCAUUGACGUCAACAAUCUAAACAUAAUCAGAAAGAGGGUACGACCACAGGAUAAACAAGGAGACUAUGAAUCACGCAAGUUGUGGCAACAUGUGACGAAUGCUCUCAGAGUCGGUGAUGUGAAUACAGCAACUGAACAUAAACACUUUCUGGAGGAGAGACAGCGAGAGGGUGAAAGACACAGGAAGGAAACCGACACCAAGUUUCCUACCAAGUAUUUUCACAGAAUUGGUGACAUCUGGACAUAUAACAACAUGCUAGACUUGGGAAGUAGUAAGGAAACUUCCUAAUAUGGGAACCAAUCCCUAAAAACUGCAGUAAUGUGAUCAGACUAAUCUGUCAUCCAGCCAAGAUCCUUCUGGGAGUACCUGCCUUUGUGAAGUGUACAUUCAUGUGAUGUGUAUAGGCCUUUAGAUUCAUGCCUUUUCAAAAAAGCCUGCCAAGUGGACAAACUAAAAAUGACUACUGAAUCGUCUCGUUAGAAAGGCUGUGUGAUAAAUUCUGAAAAAAAAUGUGUUAUUGUCAAAAAGGAACUUGUACAUAAAAUGCACGAAUAUGAAAAUAUCCUGUGAUAUUUUAAGUGGAAGCUCAUCUGUAUUUGUCAAAAGAAGGCAUUCGUGAUAAAAGAUUUUGUUCUUUUGGUGAAAGUAAAACUGAUCGAACAUGUUUGUUAAAAUAACCUUCCAUGUGGUUUACACAUUGUGAGGUUGUAGGUGAUUCAGGAUAUUUACUGUGCAAAAUAUUGUUCCUUAUGAGUAGCUGUUACUCAAAAAUACAAUUCUGUCAAAGGACACCAUAGUGAAAUACUGGAGUUACUGCCAUAAGUGAUUUUUUUCUGUACAAUUGAAAACCAUGUGAUAUGCUUUCAACAGCCUUUGUCAAAAGCUUAUCUCUGUACUGAACAUAACACACACAUUGGUAUUGUUUAAAUGUGUGUGACAUGCAAAAUCUUUGAAAUAUGGGCAAAGUACAAUCAGGACGUGUUUGUGUCUUUUCAGGAUAGUGGUCAGUUGUUUUAUAUCCACACUGGUGUGUUCACAUUUGAUUGGUCGGCCGAGGAUAAACAUUGGUUAUUUGCUAUCAAUUUUUUGUAAAAUCUGUUUUUGCAUAUCUUGUAAAAGAAUGGUAAGGGACCAGCUGAACAUAUGGUCUACCUCAGCUUUGUAAGGAAAUGUGUUAGUGAUGCCAUAAUUGCAUUACACCAAUAUUAUAUAAGUCACCUCACCUAUCCUCUUCAUGCCCAUUGGCAGUACAUAAGGCCCUAAUGUAUUAUAUAUGUACAAUAUAGUUAUGUACAUUGGUAACCUUUCAUCAUGGAUCAUCUAUCAAUUAUUUCAGAUAAUCUGAAAUUCACAUACUGCCAGACUUGACUCAUAACAUCUAGAAGUAUGUUUUCGAAGAAUAGAGAGUAUCAACAACAGGAAUAUGUUUGUUAUUUUCUGUUAUUUGCAUCCAUUACAAGUAUAAUGAAAAUAAUGUUUCAUCAUUGGGUCAUUACUGGAUUACCUCCCCUUAAAAUGCUACAAUCAGAAUUUUUCUUGGUAGAAAUAGUAAGAUAUUGGUUUAAUUUCAAUAUCAUCAAUCAAAUGUAAUGUACAUGUGGAUGAUGGGUGACUAUGCUGUACAAUGUUUUGAGGUAGGUCAACCUGAUAUUCUAAAACAAUUUAUGCUUAGAGUUUGUAAAACGAACACAUACCAUACAUACAAAAUAAAAUAAAAUAAAAUGACUUAGUUUUUUUGUAACCAAAUGUCCACAAAAUUCUCCAAAUUUUCACAUUUUUAUUAUAGUGACGAUAAGGAAAGAGAAUGUACCACUAUAUUAAUGUAUUCUGAGAACUGUAGUACAUGUGUUUACAUUGUCAUAUACAGCAGAGAAAGCCAAACCUAUUGGCCAUUCUUAUCACUGCCUUGCAGUAGAUUCACACUGUGAUAAAAUGAUUACUACAAAGUAUAAAGAAAAAACGUGUCUAAAGGCUUUUUGUUUGGAAAGGAAAAUAAAUAUGCAAAUUGGUGUUGUGAAAUUAGGAAACAAUGUUUAUAUGGCUUGGUGCAUAUAUUGCCAUUUUCUUGUGAAGCUUGAGCAUUAUUUGAUUGUACAGACCACUUGUAUUGUAGUAGGUUAAAUCAUUUCCUUCAUAAGUGUUUCUGAUCAUUUGCAUGAUAUCUUUAAAGGUUAUUUGAUGUCAUUUUGACAGUAACAGAGUUGUAUAUUUGCAAGGUGGUGUUUUGUGAUUCUGUUCGAUAACAGCUGUUAAUUUUGCAUCUUGUUAUUUAAGGGAUCACAAUGUGUAAUCAAUUGUUUUAGGUGAGGAGGUACAUUGUUAGAUUUUCAAUUAACAUUUGUGUACAUACAAAAAACAUUAAUUACCCUAAUGUAUAUAUAUAUUAUAAUUCAUAAAUAAUAAAAUACCAGUUAUUGUUUAGUAAUGCAAAUGUCACCUGAUGUCAAAAAUAGAGUUGAUUGUGUGCAAUAGGGAAAAGUGUGCAUAUGUAGCAGUUCAAACUGACAAGAAUUCCUGUACCACUGCAAAAACUGUAUUUAUGUAUUGCAAACUUUUUUUCCAGUAUGACUAGGUUUGUUCUGUUAUAACUAAGUUUGUUCUGGUAUAACUCUAGCUUUGUACUGGUAUAACUCUAGCUUUAUUCCGUUAUAACUCUAGCUUUGUUCUGGUAUAACUCUAGCUUUGUUCUGUUAUAACUCUAGCUUUGUUCUGGUAUAACUGUAGCUUUAUUCUGUUAUAACUCUAGCUUUGUUCUGGUAUAACUCUAGCUUUGUUCUGGUAUAACUCUAGCUUUGUUCUAUUAUAACUCUAGGGUUGUUCUGGUAUAACUCUAGCUUUGUUCAGGGAUAACUCUAGCUUUGUUCAGGUACAACUCUAGCUUUGUUCUGGUAUAACUCUAGCUUUGUUCUGUUAUAACUCUAGCUUUGUUCUGUUAUAACUCUAGGGUUGUUCUGGUAUAACUCUAGGGUUGUUCUGUUAUAACUAAGUUUGUUCUGGUAUAACUCUAGCUUUGUUCUGGUAUAACUCUAGCUUUGUUCUGUUAUAACUCUAGCUUUGUUCUGUUAUAACUAAGUUUGUUCUGGUAUAACUCUAGCUUUAAUUUGUUCUGUUAUAACUCUAGGGUUGUUCUGGUAUAACUCUAGCUUUAUUCUGUUAUACCUCUAGCUUUGUUCUGGUAUAACUCUAGAUUUGUUCUGGUAUAACUCUAGCUUUGUUCUGUUAAAACUCUAGCUUUGUUCUGGUAUAACUCUAGCUUUGUUCUGUUAUAACUAAGUUUGUUGUGGUAUAACUCUAGCUUUGUUCUGUUAUAACUAAGUUUGUUCUGGUAUAGCUCUAGCUUUGUUCUGGUAUAACUCUAGCUUUGUACUGGGAUAACUCUAGGGUUGUUCUGGUAUAACUCUAGGGUUAUUCUGUUAUAACUAAGUUUGUUCUGGUAUAACUCUAGUUUUGUUCUGGUAUAACACUAGCUUUGUUCUGUUAUAACUCUAGGAUUGUUCUGGUAUAACUCUAGCUUUUUUCUGGUAUAACCCUAGCUUUGUUCCGGGAUAACUCUUGCUUUGAGAAGUGAUCUCUAAAAAGAAAACCAUACCUUUUGCAGCUUUUAUGAAAAAAAUAAAGAUGAAAUAAGCAAAAAAAAUCAAUAACAGUGUUCUGAGAAGAUCAUUAGAACAGGGUCAGACUAGUAUUUUAACACUUUACUCCCAAUCAUUAUAAUGCCACUCUUACAAGCUAAGUCUGGCAGUCAAUGAUAACACCCUAGCCCAGUCAUUCUACUGUUACAUCAAAAAAUAAAUUUAGGGGAAGAUGCUGUUUGUAUGAAUAAGAACUACAUUAGAAUUCUCUAGUGUGUUGCUUUCAGUGGGACAGGAACCUGAACAGUUUUUCACAUCCUAUUUUCAUUGUUAACUGGUCUUAUAGCUACAACACUACCAAUCUAACUGAGAAACUAGUGCAAAGUAUACAUUGCAAUGAUUUGUAUUUAUCCGUCGGAGCAGUACUUUGUAAGAUCAGAGAGGUAUACAGGUAUCUAUCAUUUACUCUUGCUUAAUUGAUUGUUUGUCAGAAUCUUUAACAGCUUUUGAGUUUUCUACAGGAUUAUCAAUGUUAGUGCUGUAGAUAUUUAAACAAUCACUUGUGAAAUAUGCAAUCGUAUGACAUAUGAUAAUUUCUGUUGCAGCUUAAAUUAUAUCAAUGUCUGUCGAAAAAUGAUGCCGUUAUUAUGUGGUGUUGUGAGAAUGUGGCCUGUACACUUAACUGGGUGUAUUAUCGAGGUUACAGCCGUUUCAUUUGAAAUAACUGAUGAUAUGUCAUUACCUAAUGAAGUUCAUAUUUCUGCAGUUACAUUCAGCACUGAUCAAUGUGAGUAUAUAUAGCAUGUAUAUUCCUAGGGACUUACCUUAAAUCUGGUGAUUCCUUCAGUGUACAUUUUAUGAAUUACCUUUUAACAACAUAGCGAUUGUCUUGUCAAGAAUACAUUGCACAUAUUAGUUUAUUCACAUUUAAGUAAGCUGGCAUUCUGUAAUGUAUGUUUGACAGUAGUUAUUGACAGCGGUCUCUAUUGCAGUUUUGACAGUAGUUAUAGACAGGCAGUCUCUAUUGCAGGUUUGACUGUAGCUAUAGACAGGCGGUCUCUAUUGCAGGGUUGACUGUUGCUAUAGACAGGCGGUCUCUAUUGCAGGUUUGACUAGUUAUAGACAUGUGGUUUCUAUUGCAGGUUUGACUGUAGCUAUAGACAUGUGGUCUCUAAGGCAGGUUUGACUGUAGUUAUAGACAGGCGGUCUAUAUUGUAGGUUUGACUGUAGCUGUACUAAAUGAAGAUUUGACUUAAAAUAUCAAAAGUGUAUGAUUUCUCAUAACGACCGUUUGUGACCAGGAGAGAAUGGACUGCUUCAGGAAGUUCUCAUAACGACAGUUUGUGACCAGGAGAGAAUGGACUGCUUCAGGAAGUUCUCAUAACGACAGUUUGUGACCAGGAGAGAAUGGACUGCUUCAGGAAGUUCUCAUAACGACAGUUUGUGACCAGGAGAGAAUGGACUGCUUCAGGAAGUUCUCAUAACGACAGUUUGUGACCAGGAGAGAAUGGACUGCUUCAGGAAGUUCUCAUAACGACAGUUUGUGACCAGGAGAGAAUGGACUGCUUCAGGAAGUUCUCAUAACGACAGUUUGUGACCAGGAGAGAAUGGACUGCUUCAGGAAGUUAUGAAUGGCUCCUUAUGUUGGGGAAAAGUAUGUGUAGAGCAGUUUUUUGUUCACUUGUAUUUCGUACUGUGAUGUGUGUGGAGGGAAAAGUAUGGAUGUCAUCAUGUAAAAAUGUAUGGAUGCCACACCUCUUGUAUCUUAAAAGUCACCCAAAAAGUGUAUGCGGACACAUUAAAAUAUGAAAUCUGUGAUACUUUAAAA